AUGACCCAGAUCUACCAGCAUAUCCUGGCCUUGAUAUUUGCUGUCAAGGAGAUCAAUGAAAACCCCCAGAUUUUACCUAAUGUCACCCUUGGUUUCCAUAUCUAUAAUAGCUAUUUCACUGCAAAAUGGACCUAUCAUGCCUCAAUGGAACUCUUCUCUAGACUGGGCAAAUCAGCCCCCAACUACAAAUGUGAUAUUCAGAACAAUCCAGGAGCAGUCAUUGGGGGACCUGUCUCUGAAGUCUGUCUCUACAUGGCAGAUAUCCUGUCCAUUUAUAAGAUUCCACAGGGCAGAUUCACCCCCAACUAUAAAUGUGAUAGUCAGAACAAUCUAGUAGCAGUCAUUGGGGGACCUAUCUCUGAAGUCUGUCUCUACAUGGCAGAUAUCCUGUGCAGCUAUAAGAUUCCACAGUGGACAUGGAUUGGUGUGAUGUCUGGGCAUGAUGACAAUGGAGAGAGGUUUGAACAGAAUGUGAUCCCCAUGUUUGCCCAGAGAGGUGUCUGUUUUGAUUUCAUAAUGAGAAUCCCCAAAAUGUCAUAUUCCAGUGAAAUUGGUGACAUGGUUGAAGAGGGAUUUGAAAUAAACAAAAGUCUUAUGAGAAGCACGGUUAAUGCAUUGGUUAUUCAUGGUGAAAUAGAUACCAUGAUAAUCCUGAGGGUGUUCCCCAGGGUUGCAGAACAUGAGGAUAUACCAACAAAGAAAAAUGGUAAGGUCUGGAUCAUGACGGCUCAGAUGGAUUUCAUUUCCAUUCCCCUUCAAAGAGAUUGGGACAUAGACUUCCUCCAUGGUGCUAUAUCCUUUGCUAUUCACUCCAGUGAGGUUGUAGGAUUCCAUAAAUUUCUUCAGGUGAGAAACCCCACCUCGGAGAAAGAAGAUGGCUUCAUUAGGGUCUUCUGGGAACAAGCAUUUGGGUGUUUGUUCCCCAACUCCAUGGUAGACCUACAGGAUGAAGAAAUCUGCAGUGGAGAGGAGAAACUGGAGACACUUCCUGCAUCUGUUUUUGAAAUGAGCAUGACUGGCCACAGCUACAGUGUCUUCACAGCUGCCUAUGCGGUUGCGCAUGCUUUGCAUGCCAUGCAUUCAACUAGCUUCAAAAAAAGAAUGAUAGUGAAUGAAGGAGUAAAAUUUAAGAAUGAACAGUUAUGGAAGUCAUUUCAGAGAGUGAAAGUUGGAAAGAUCGACCCCAUGGCUCCCCAAGAAGAAGCUUUCAGCAUUUGUGAGGAAGCCAUUGUGUGGCCCAGCAGGUUUAACCAGGCACAGCCCCUUUCUCUUUGUAAUGCCAAUUGUCCUUUGGGUUAUCAGAAAACAAAGAAGGAAGGGAAACCAUUUUGCUGCUAUGAUUGCAUUAUAUGUCCGGAAGGGAAGAUUUCCAACCAGACAGCUGACAUGGAUGAAUGCUUUCAGUGCCCACCAGAUCAUUACCCAAAUGUGGAAAAGGAUUCAUGCGUGCCAAAGGACAUACGCUUCUUGUCUUAUGAGGAACCACUGGGGAUCUCUUUGGCCUGUUUUUCUCUUUCCUUGUCCUUCCUUGCAGCUUUGGUGCUUUGGAUCUUCAUUAAGCACCGGGAGACUCCCAUCGUCAAAGCCAACAACCGCAACCUCUCCUACACUCUCCUCAUCUCCCUCUUGUUUUCCUUCCUUUGUGCUCUUCUAUUCAUCGGUCGACCUGAGAAAGUGACGUGUCUCCUUCGACAAACAGCUUUUGCCAUCAUCUUUUCAGUGGCAGUUUCUUCUGUGUUGACAAAGACAAUCAUUGUGGUCCUUGCUUUCAUGGUCACCAAACCAGGGUCCAGCAUGAGGAAAUGGGUGGGGAAACAACAGGCCACCUCCAUUGUUCUUUCCUGUUCCUUGAUUCAGGCUGCUCUUUGUACUGUGUGGCUGACAACUUCUCCCCAAUUCCCAGAUUUAGACAUGCACUCAAUGAGUAAAGAAAUUGUUCUGGAAUGUAAUGAAGGGUCAGUCACCAUGUUCUACUGUGUCUUGGGGUUUAUGGGCUUGCUGGCCAUUGUCAGCUUCUGUGUAGCCUUCCUAGCCAGGAAGUUACCUGACAGCUUUAAUGAAGCCAAGUUUAUCACCUUCAGCAUGCUGGUAUUUUGCAGUGUGUGGCUGUCUUUUGUUCCAACUUAUUUAAGCACAAAAGGAAAAUAUAUUGUGGCUGUGGAGAUCUUCUCCAUCUUGGCCUCCAGUGCUGGGUUGCUAGGCUGUAUAUUUUCACCAAAAUGUUAUAUUAUUGUAGUGAAGCCUGAAUUGAAUAGCAAGGAGCAACUCAGAAGGAAGAAUUGA